AGGUGUUUCCCUUUUCUUGGAAUUCCAGAAAAACAAAAAAACUGCCCUAAAAAGUAAAAACAAAACGAAAUUAUCCUUAAAUUCAUUCAAUUCUUAAUAAUUUGUCUUUCUGUCUGUGCUUACAGAAUAUAUACAUAUAUAUACGAAAACUAUAUAUACAUAUAUUCAGAGAGAGAAGAUGCAAAGUGCAGCAUCAGCAGCUGCUAUGAUUUCUUCUCCAUAUUCAUACAUGAAUAAUCUUGAUUCUUUUCCUUCCAUCAGUCCAUGCCAUCCUCCAAAGAUUGGUUAUGGGUUGUUGGGUAAUCGAAUUUCGGUUUCUAAGGGAGCUUCUUUUUCAUCCAAAGCCCGAUUUUCGCAGCGGAAAGUUGUAAAGGCUGUUGCCACUCCAGAAUCAGUUGUCGAGUUGCCUCUAACUGCAGAAAACAUUGAGACUGUACUGGACGAAAUUAGACCUUAUCUAAUCGCGGAUGGUGGCAAUGUGGCAUUACAUGAAAUUGAUGGAAAUGUUGUGCGGUUAAAGCUACAAGGAGCUUGUGGUUCAUGUCCCAGCUCUGUAACAACCAUGAAACUGGGCAUUGAACGGCGUCUGAUGGAAAAGAUUCCAGAAAUCGUUGCUGUUGAACCAAUACCAGAUGAAGAAACUGGCCUUGAGCUGAAUGAAGAGAACAUAGAGAAGGUUCUUGAGGAAAUACGACCAUAUCUUGUUGGGGCAGCAGGCGGAACACUUGAAUUCGUGACAAUAGAAGAGCCGAUUGUAAAAGUACGCUUGACUGGUCCUGCAGCAAGCGUGAUGACUGUUAGAGUCGCUGUCACCCAGAAAUUACGUGAAAAAAUCCCUGCUAUUGCAGCAGUUCAACUUUUACAGUAGAUGCCCAUCGGCAUUCAAAUCUUUAAACAGUGUAACAUAUAGCCUUGAGUGAAAGUGAUACGAGGGUAACACUGUACAGUAAUUUUGCUUCGGGUCUGUUGCUGUAAUUAAGAUGUUUGUCGAAAGCAGUAUUAUAAUGGCGGUCAUUUAAAUGCA